CGUUCUCUAGUUUUUACACAAAAGCACCAUUACUUCCUAUAAUCUCACUUCCAUAACUUCAAUGGCAGCUAUCAAUGAAAUCAAGAAACCUAAGGUUCAUCUGGCAGUAUUCAGUACUGAUAAAAGAGUUAUCACGGGUAUUCAGAAUUUGGCCGAAGGAUUCAAUCAUGAAGUAAGCUUUUUUUCCAGUAUUCCACAAAAUCACACGGACUUCUUGGGAUUUCAGUUUAUUGUAAUGGAUGGAUUCAUGGCAGAAUUUGAUAGAUAUGAAUUUGUUAAGUCUGUCACCAAAGAGGCAAACCUACCUGUUGUUGUACUGUGUGAUCCUACUGUCAAAGGUUACGAGUUAAGAAAUGUGAAUGCAUUGAGAAACGGAGCAAUUUCUUACUGGCUUUUACCGGUUGGCCCCGAUGAUUACAUGCAAAUAGAACCAAUUCGCAAAGGUAAGGCUUCGGGUUCGACCACAAUUAGAAGGAGAAGAGUAUGCAAUAAAGAAGAAGAAGAAGAAGUAUGCAAGAGAGAUGAAGAUAGAAAGAAAAGAGUGAAGAAAGAUUCUCCUUCUCCUGGUUUACACAUCAUCAAAGGAGUGGAUGGCCGUAAAGAUACUACUAUUACAUACGUGAAUACUCCAUGAAGAUGAUGGUGACUGUUGAAUUGUUCUUCUUUUCUUUUUCCUGUUUGAUUCUAGUUUACUUAGUUUUCUGUGUAAUGCAAUGAAUUUUUUAGAUUUUCGGCACAUACAUUUUAGUUUAGUUAGUUACUAUUGAAUUUUUA